CAUCGUGGUCAGCGGCCUGGAGGACGCGGCCGCCGUGGAUUUCCAGUUCUCCAAGGGAGCCGUGUAUUGGACAGAUGUGAGUGAGGAGGCCAUCAAGCAGACCUACCUGAACCAGACGGGCGCCGCUGUGCAGAACGUGGUCAUCUCCGGCCUGGUGUCGCCCGACGGUCUGGCCUGCGACUGGGUCGGCAAGAAGCUGUACUGGACGGACUCGGAGACCAACCGCAUCGAGGUGGCCAACCUCAAUGGGACGUCCCGGAAGGUCCUAUUCUGGCAGGACCUUGACCAGCCGCGGGCCAUCGCCUUGGACCCCGCGCACGGGUAUAUGUACUGGACAGACUGGGGAGAGACGCCUCGGAUCGAGCGGGCAGGGAUGGAUGGCAGCACCCGGAAGAUCAUCGUGGACUCGGACAUUUACUGGCCCAACGGGCUGACCAUCGACCUGGAGGAGCAGAAGCUGUACUGGGCCGACGCCAAGCUCAGCUUCAUCCACCGCGCCAACCUGGAUGGCUCCUUCCGGCAGAAGGUCGUGGAGGGCAGUCUGACACACCCCUUUGCCCUGACGCUCUCCGGAGACACCCUGUACUGGACGGACUGGCAGACCCGCUCCAUCCACGCCUGUAACAAGAGGACUGGAGACAAGAGGAAGGAGAUCCUUAGCGCUCUCUACUCGCCCAUGGAUAUUCAAGUGCUCAGCCCUGAGCGGCAGCCUUAUUAUCACACGCGGUGUGAGGAGGCCAACGGCGGCUGCUCCCAUCUGUGCCUGCUGUCCCCAAGGGAGCCCUUCUACGCCUGCGCCUGCCCCACGGGCGUGCAGCUUCAGGACGACGGCCAGACGUGCAAGGCAGGGGCGGAGGAGGUGCUGCUGCUGGCCCGGCGGACGGACCUGCGGAGGAUCUCGCUGGACACGCCGGACUUCACGGACAUCGUGCUGCAGGUGGACGACAUCCGGCACGCCAUCGCCAUCGACUACGACCCGCUGGAGGGCUAUGUCUACUGGACGGACGACGAGGUGCGGGCCAUCCGCAGGGCGUACCUGGACGGGUCGGGGGCGCAGACGCUGGUCAACACCGAGAUCAAUGACCCUGACGGCAUCGCGGUCGACUGGGUGGCCCGCAACCUCUACUGGACCGACACCGGCACCGACCGCAUCGAGGUGACGCGCCUCAACGGCACCUCCCGCAAGAUCCUGGUGUCCGAGGACCUGGACGAGCCCCGCGCCAUUGUGCUGCACCCCGUGAUGGGCCUCAUGUACUGGACAGACUGGGGGGAAAACCCCAAAAUCGAGUGCGCCAACCUGGACGGGCAGGAGCGGCAUGUUCUGGUCAAUACCUCUCUGGGCUGGCCCAAUGGCCUGGCGCUCGACCUGCAGGAGGGCAAGCUCUACUGGGGAGAUGCCAAGACGGACAAAAUCGAGGUGAUCAAUGUCGACGGGACGAAGCGGCGGACGCUUCUGGAGGACAAGCUCCCGCACAUUUUCGGGUUCACGCUGCUGGGGGACUUCAUCUACUGGACCGACUGGCAGCGGCGUAGCAUCGAGCGUGUGCACAAGGUGAAGGCCAGCAGGGACGUCAUCAUCGACCAGCUGCCUGACCUGAUGGGGCUCAAGGCCGUGAAUGUGGCCAAGGUCGUCGGAACCAACCCGUGUGCGGAUGGGAACGGGGGCGCAGCCAUCUGUGCUUCUUCACGCCCCGCGCCACCAAGUGCGGCUGCCCCAUCGGCCUGGAGCUGCUGAGCGACAUGAAGACCUGCAUUGUGCCCGAGGCCUUCCUGGUGUUCACCAGCCGGGCUGCCAUCCACCGGAUCUCCCUGGACACCAACAACAACGACGUGGCCAUCCCGCUCACGGGUGUCAAGGAGGCGUCCGCCCUGGACUUCGACGUGUCCAACAAUCACAUCUACUGGACCGACGUCAGCCUGAAGACCAUCAGCCGGGCCUUCAUGAACGGGAGCUCCGUGGAGCACGUGAUUGAGUUUGGCCUUGACUACCCGGAAGGCAUGGCGGUCGACUGGAUGGGCAAGAACCUCUACUGGGCAGACACCGGGACCAACAGGAUCGAAGUGGCCCGGCUGGACGGGCAGUUCCGGCAGGUCCUCGUGUGGAGAGAUCUAGACAACCCACGGUCACUGGCCCUGGACCCCACCAGAGGCUACAUCUACUGGACUGAGUGGGGCGGCAAGCCCAGGAUCGUGCGGGCUUUCAUGGAUGGGACCAACUGCAUGACGCUGGUGGACAAGGUGGGCCGGGCCAACGACCUCACC